ACUUGACCGACCACUCUAAGGCUAAUCUCAUCCGGCUCCUAGUAUCCCCAUCCAUAUAUCAAUUCAACAACUAUUCUAGACUGUUUCGCCCGCUUCUUCGACUAUACUAUACUGCCUAUAUAUAAUCGCAGCGAGGAGAAGCAAGAAAUUACUUAAAGUUAAGAACAAGCUAUCUAGCUAUGCCGGAUAUGGAGACGCCUACAGAUGUUAUAGCGGUUCCAUUUCCAUAUCAAGGUCACUUAAACCCUAUGCUUCACUUCUGUUCUUCUUUAUCUGCUAGAGGCCUUAAAGUCACCUUAGUCCUCACACACGCCGUAGCAAAAUCCAUGCAAUCCACCCUUUCCCAGGCCUCCAUCCAUACCCUCGACCUCAUUUCCGAUGGCAACGAAGGCGUGGCCGACCUGUCGCGCAGUACCUUCCAAGAAUACCAAGCUCGCCGGCGAGCUGCCUUUUCCGACGGGGUCGCCGCCAUUAUUGAGAAGCAAAAGGCGGCUUCUUCCGUGGGGUCGCCCAAAGUUCUGGUGCAUGAUGCACUCAUGCCGUGGCUUUUGGAGGUAGGCAAAGCGGAUGGGUUGUUUGUGGCUACGCUUUUUACUCAACCUGCUUCUGUUUGUGCUGUCUAUUACCAUAUGCUCCAUGGCCACCUUGCACCGGCUUCUGAUUCUAAGCUGCUGCGUUUGCCUUCCUUGCCGGAACUGGAAUUCGCCGAUCUGCCUUCCUUUUCCUACUUCGCCGAUGUUGUACAACAGGUUACAGAGUUUAAUAUCAAUCAAGCCUCAAACAUGCCCAAAGCUGACUGCUUUCUCAUCAACACAUUUCACUCACUGGAAAAGCAGGUAGUGGAUUGGAUGGCGGAAAAAUGGGCAGUGAAGUGCGUGGGACCCUUGGUUCCAAUUUUCCACAAGACACUUCAUGAAAAACAUGAUAGAAUUGAUCUAUUUGAGUUGGAUAGUGAAAGCUAUUUGAAAUGGCUAGACAUUAGAGAACCUAAGUCUGUGGUUUACGUAUCAUUUGGAAGUGUUGUGGUGAUGUCGGAAGAGCAAAUGGAGGAAAUAGCAUGGGGGUUGGCUCAAUCCAACAAAUACUUCAUAUGGGUUGUAAGAGAAUCUGAAUUGGUUAAACUCCCUAAAGAUUUUAAGCUCAAAACAUCUGAGAAGGGCAUCAUUGUGAAAUGGUGUCCUCAAGUUGAAGUUUUGUCACACGAGGCAGUUGCGUGUUUUAUGACUCAUUGUGGAUGGAAUUCCAUACUGGAAGCAUUGUGUUUGGGUGUGCCAAUGGUCGGCAUGCCGCAAAUGUCAGAUCAACCGACAAAUGCCAAACUUAUUGAGGAUGUUUGGAAAGUUGGAGUUCGAGUUAAGGUGAAUGCGGAGGGAAUCACUACAAGACAAGAAAUUAAGGGUUGUAUAAAGCAAGUGACAGGAGUGAGAGCUGAAGAGUUUAGAAGAAAUGUCAUAAAAUGGAGAGAAUUAGCCAAAGAGGCAACAAGUGAAGGUGGAAGUUCUUAUGAGAAUAUCAAAGAUUUCGUGGCUUUUGCUAAAUCCUAUUCCGACUAGUACAUGCUCACUUCAUUUGUUGAUUUGGGGUUGAGAGAUUAGCAAAUGCUCUCUUCAUUUGGGGUUGGGAGAAUGAGAGGUUUGGAGUUUAGAAAAUAUUCUAUGCUUUGUAUUUUCUAACUUGUUAUGGAGCAAAAUUUGUCCUAGCAAUAAAAAACUAUUUGAAGCUAAAUAACAUUUUUAUUUA